AUGUUAAUCGACGAACAGAAUGCUGACGACGUUAUUCGUACUAUUCGAACACUUCAUCAAACAACUGUCGAUCAACGAAAAUGUGAUUUAACCGAAUAUCUUACUGAAGUAUUCCAAUCGAUUGAAACUCAAGAAAAAUGCGAUCUGAGAAAGCAGUUUCAUUUACUAACCAUUCUUCUACGUGAUUAUGUCGAUCGAGCCGCAUUAAAAAUGGAAUUCAUCAAAAGCAAAUGCUUAGAAACAAUCGAACGAAUCCUAGCGAAUCAAACAACUAACCAAGAGAAUAUUAUUGCUAUACUUCAAUUUAUUGCUGAACUCCUUGUCGAUUCGAAAAAUGCACAAGACAGUUUUUCAACUUUCAAUGGUUAUCAAAAGAUCUUUCAAUCUCUUCAUCAUGUUCAAACACCGUCGAUCGAUUUCAUUAACGAAUUGCUUCUUCUUAUGACUGAACAUCCGAAAUUACAAAUCGAUAGUACUUUGACUCCUGUGGAUCUCUUUGUUCAUUUCGUUAAUCCAUACAUAGCUACUAUUCUAAUUCAAUGGAUUCCCUAUUUGGCAAAAGUGUCCGAUCAACAACAUAUCAUUCAUUCCAUAAACAUCAUCGUUUCACGGUCAUUGCAAAACAAAAUGAUGGCUUGUUCAAAUAAUAUCAUUUAUUCACUAAUAGAGACACUUCGUUCCACAAAAUUACAUGAUAAACUUCUACUGGAUAAUAUAUUUUCAAUCCUGGAAAAAUUAUGUCGUUUUUCCAUUCAAACAAAAGAAAUUCGUCUCAUAUGUCAAUUAUUCAAUCAAAAUACACCCUACAAGAAACAAUUAUUACGAGUUUUAAUAACAGCAGCCAAACAUGAUGAUCCAGACACGCAUGCCAUAUCGUCCUACUUCGAUUUACAGAGAUUGAAUAGUGGAAUUAUCCUACCGAUUAUUCGUCGUUGGCCAUCGGUCUCCAAUGUGUCGGUACACUUUACAUUUCAUUGUUGGUUGAGGCUGAAUAAUGAAGUUGAGAGUUAUCCAUACGAUGCACGACGCCAAAUCUACUCAUUCUAUUCGGAGUCGAUAGGUUUAGAAGCAUUUAUAUGUAAUUCAUCAGUUAUUAUAUCAGUAAGCGAUCGCCGUGAACUUGCCUACAUUGAAAUACCCGAAUGCGAUGAGUUAGUUGAUGGUUGUUGGCAUUCCUUAACAAUUAUUCAUACGGCACAACGACCAUCGCUGUUUGUUGCUGCAUUUCAAGCUGUUUCGACGUGUCAUCUAGCGAUUUAUAUCGAUGGUCUAUUAAAAAGACAAAUCAAAGACUUUAAAUAUGUGCCACUUAUGAAUGAACCUAUCAGUUUAGCAUCGAUCGGCGCGCCUAGUCAGCGUCCGCGUGCACCUACUGUUGGUUCGAAAGGUGAUUCGAUGACAGCUCUUGCCAAAACUAUCGGACCACUCAAAGGUCUAUUCUCAUCGAAAAGCAAAUCUGUGAACUCACGUGCAGAAGGUCAAGCUCUUCAUCCACAAAACAUUGUUAUAGUCGAACCGAACACUCAAGAUACUUUAUUUGGUGAAUCAACAUGCAUGCACGGACAAUUAGCGAGUGUAUGGAUUUUAGCUGAGACAUUGAACGAAGUACAAAUUAAACAUUUACAUUCGAUGGGUGCUGAUUUUUGUCAUCAACAUCAUCCAACAUUCGGUGAUGAAAAUUCCAUGUCAUCAACAAUCUACGAUCUUCUUUCUACUCGGUCUCUACUUGUUUAUCAUCCAUUGGCAUGCAAUGGGCAAAUUUGUGUGGAUAUCUCUGCUUGUACGUCACAGAUGAAUGGGCGAUUAAAUAAUGGCUCAUGUUUACGUCUUCGCUCGUUCUCCGAAUCGUUAUUAAACCUUGGCGGCUGUCCUGUACUUUACCUGAUGACUGAUAAAUUCAAAGAAAAUGAUUAUUUAGAUACAGCAAACUCAGAUAAUUUAUCAUCGCCAACAAAUGGCGAUUCACCAACUGACUGGAUUAUUGUCCGUAAACUAUCGCAAACACAUUCCUCGGAUAUCGAUAAUCGCUUGAUUUCGAAUCCUAUCGCCUCGAUUCUGAAUCUGAUACGCUGUGUGCUAUCAUCGAAAUCUAUGGUUAUGUUAAACGAACAAAUGACGAAACAUUACAAUGUGGAAUUGUUAGGACAACAAUUGAAUCGUAUUCCCGCCUUUUUCGUUGAUCAACAACUUCUAAUUGCCAUUCAACAAUUGAUCGAAUGUAGCCGUUUGAAUGAAACACCUAAUUUAUUAACCAGUCAAUUGAUUCAACAUAUUCUACUUGAUUUUGGUCUUUGGAAUAAGGGAAAGUUUCACGUGCGAAUAUCACAUUUACAGUAUGUAGCUUCUGUGAUCAAAGAUGAGAGAAAAUUUUAUCGAACGAAAUUCGGCGUGCAAUUCUUCUUAGAUGUCAUUCGCCAGUAUUUGAAUUCAUCCGAAGAAGAUCCCGAUGAGCAAAAGCAGUUACGCAGUGCUGUUUAUGGCAUUAUUAAAUACUACGUUCAACGUCAUAUUCGUAUUGAAGAGCUAAAUUCGUUGCUUUCUUCAAUUUCAACCUUAUCGACAUCAAGUGAUGCCAUCACGCAAGAAUUACUUGAGUUUAUACUGGGAUUACUUGAUCCACCGUCUGUUUCAACUGACACAACAGUUGGACUUCUAUGUGAACCAAAUAUGACGGAAUGUUUGUAUGCAUUGUUAACUGUUAAUCAUCUUUCCAGUGAUACGAAAGAGAUUAUUUUGAAAAUUGUGAAAUUGUUAAUUGCAUCACGACGAGUGCCGCAGCAGAUACGUACACAGUUGCGAUUAGAAACGAAUCAAAUCGGUUUUGGUGGUAUUAUAUCAGGCUUAGCACCAAAUGAAUUGAGUGUAUCCAUUAUACGCGAGAUUCUCAAUUUGAUUAUUCAUUCUGAAACAACAAUUGCUGUCGAACAUCUCAAUGUUGUUUUAACACUUUGUAGCGGUGCUUCACUUGAUGUUCGUUAUGUCGCUAUGCGAAAGUUAAUGACAUGUUUCAUUGCACAUCCAACUAUAUGUCGUGCGUAUGCCAAAUGUCACGGAUGGCAAGAAACAAUCGCUCAUUUCUUUAUCAAAUCUCGUCGAUCAGCACCAAUACCACCUGUUCAACGUUUUCCUUCAACGAGUAUAUCAAGUGAUACUUUGUCAACAUCGACAAAAGAUCAGAGUGUCGAUUCUGGUAGAGAGAGUUCUGAUGGUGCAAAUCUAGAUACUAGUAAUCUUCAUGUUCCGCUAGUCUCAACAACAAUGCAACCACCUCAAAUAUUUGAGACAUCAUCAAGUCCUGAUGAUCCAAAUCAAGGACCACGUGUACGGCAACUUGACUUAUCUCCGAUACCGAAUGAGAAUGCACAUCGAAGUCUUACCCAAAUGCUAGCGACUCCUGCUGAUUCAUUAACGUCAAGUUCUCUUCUAACACCGAUGACCCUUUCCACCAUAGAUAUUGAUGGAACUACGCCUGAAUUUCUUCGACGUAAUCAGAGUGACGAAUUUCAUCCAGAUACAAUUGGAACAGUUGCGACACCGUUACAAUCAUCAACGAACAGUCGUGAAGAUCUUCUCUCAUUGAUGAAAACAGAUGCUUCCAAUGAUGAUGUAGUAUCGGUAACAAGUAGCAAUGAUGCCUCAAGUGUCUUCCAAGCAGCAACUACACCAAGUGUAACAAGUACAGAAGAUACGUCCUUCUUUUUGCCUUCUUCCACUGGCACGGAAGAUGGUAGUCUUCUCGAAGAACUCUGCGAAACUUUAAUAUUAACAAUUGUUAUGGUCCUGUGGAAAGGUGUAGCUGGUUCUGAUGACGAAGCAUGGCUCAUUCGUGGCCAAAUCUUCUCGGCCUUACAUUAUCUGCAUCGUGAAUAUGAAUUCUAUUUGCCACUAGUUUACAUCGAACGACGUAUCUUGGAAUUAAGUAUGGAAACAUGUUUAAACGAAUUGAAAUUAAAUGGAGCAUAUCACGGUUAUGACCGUCUCUAUCGACGGCGCAUGAGCGAAAUACGUAAAACAACACCGGCCUACGAAAGCAAUUGUCGUGAAUUGAUCAAAAUUGUUGAUGACUUUCUUUCACAAUCAGACAAAAGCAAUGAACGACUAACGGAAAAUUUUGUGAAUGGAAUUAUUCCAAUACUUGAUACAAUGCUUAUUUUUGAAGAAAACGGCACUGGCGAUCAUUCGGUUGCGACAUUGAUUUCUCAUGAUGAACAUUGGACUGAAACAUCUCUCACUGGUCUGAAUGUUCUUCUUACUCUUCUCGCUCAUUCCAAUGUAUCAUUCUGCGGACAAGCAUCUGUUCGAAUUCAUUCCUUAUUGCACAGUCGACCAUUAAAUGGACGUGAAGAAGCUGCAUAUCUAUUGUUCAGUGUCAACAAAAUAUUUAUGUCUACAUCGCAGAACGAAGAUUGCGAACAUGACAUCUAUUUAGUCCCAAUCAUGAAAACGAUUAUUGACAAAGCUUACGAACUUCUUCAAAUGAACGUACAAAUUCCCAAUGUUCCUUUACACAAAGCAACAGCUACAGCAUUGGAUGAUUUUCGAAAGUAUAGUUCAUCGUCGAACAGUCAAGAGUGGCAAACAUUCAUUCAACGACACAUUGAACCGUUAGCCGAACAUUAUCGAUCGAUGUCAGUCAGACCAUUUCAUAUGAAUAUGAAAAUCUGGUGGAAUAAUUGUCAUGAAAUGAUGAUGGUUGGCAUACAUAAACGAAAUCGACAAAUCGGAGAAGAAAAACUAAAGUUUCAAAGUCAUAUAGUUGAUCAAUGGCGUGUUCGUCGCCGCAAUGAUCAUCAGCGGAUCUUGAAACUAGCGAAACAACGUCGUAUUCAUCAAGUUCAUGUUGAACAUGAAUGGAAAGAUCGAGAAAAAUAUCUACUUGGCGAGUGCGGACCAUGGUGGCAUGAAAAUGAUCAAAAAGAACGCUACUGGAUGUUAUCCGAUCGCGAAAAUAUUCAUCGAAUGCGAUGCAAACUUGUCAUUAAUGAUGACUUCAAUAGGCACGAAGAAGCCAGUCGUUUACGAGAUAAUUUCGGUACAAAUUCGAAUGAUGGAUCGGAUCAACUAUUGAUCGAAGAAAGUUUAAAGAACAAAAACUUGUUAAUUCAACAAGAAAUCUUGCACAAAAGUUCAUUGGAUGAACAGGAACUGCUAGCAAUUGACAAUGAAACACAAUCGUUGCUACUUGACGAAAAAGAAAAGAUAAUAAUCGGCACUCAAUGUUCAUUAAUAACCGUUACAUCAACAACGGAAGGUAAACUGGAGAUAACAAACAAGUACAUCUAUUUCUUUGAUGCAUCGCCACAAAAAUCCUAUCAAAAUGACUUCAAAUACCCACUUUCAUGGUUGCAAGAUGUUGAACUACGUCGAUAUAAUUUACGGCCAUCAGCCUUGGAAUUUUUUCUCCUCAACAAAACAAAUUUUCUAAUGAAUUUCGAUAAAAAAUUACGUCGACAACUCUAUCAAAAACUCAUGUCAUUAAAACUACCCGGAAUGAAAAGUGCAUACACGAAUUUUUCUCUCACAUUAACUCCACAAGAUAUUCUUAAAGAAUCGAAAUUAACAGAGAAGUGGAUAGCAAGAGAAAUAUCCAAUUUCGAUUACCUAAUGAUGUUGAAUACCAUAGCCGGACGGACAUUCAAUGAUCUUAAUCAAUAUCCGAUAUUUCCAUGGGUUUUGAAAGAUUAUGUUUCGGAGACAUUGGAUCUGAACAACCCUAAUGUUUAUCGAGAUUUUUCCAAACCAAUUGGUGUGCAAAAUCCCAAACACAUGGAACAAGUGAGAUUAAAAUACGAAUCGUUUGAUGAUCCGACUGGCUUGAUGAAAAAAUUCCAUUAUGGUACGCAUUAUUCGAAUGCGGCGAGUGUCAUGCACUAUCUAAUUCGCAUGGAACCGUUUGCCACCUUGCAUAUUCAACUACAGAGUGGAAAGUUUGAUAUUGCCGAUCGACAAUUUCACUCAUUUCAAUCAGCAUGGUCAAAUCUUAUGGACUCACCGAAUGAAGUUAAAGAAUUAAUUCCCGAGUUUUUCUAUUUACCAGAAUUUCUAGUAAACUCCAAUAGAUUUGAUCUUGGUAAACUUCAAAUAAGCAAUCAAGUUCUAAAUGAUGUUCAACUACCGCCAUGGGCACAUAAUUCGCCUGAAGAAUUCAUUCGUCUCCAUCGUUUGGCGCUCGAAUCCAAUUAUGUUUCAACGCAUUUACAUGAAUGGAUUGAUUUGAUUUUUGGUUACAAACAGACCGGUCAAGCAGCUAUCGACGCAUUGAAUGUCUUUGUCUAUUGUGCAUAUGAGAAAGCCGUUGAUGUUGAUGCAAUCGACGAUCCGGUCACACGUGAAGCGAUCGAAGGUAUGAUACAGAACUUCGGGCAAGUUCCGUCGCAGCUUCUUACUGAACCGCAUCCUCAGCGGCAAACAAAUGAACAAGCGGCAUUUGAAAUCGAAUCUCAAGGACGUGCAUUAAAUAUCUUUCAAAAUCUAAAUCAUAUCCGAGCAUUCUUCGUGGAAAUCACACCUGCAGAUGAUAAAUUGUGCGAUCCAAUUACAUUUAUUUCCAUCCCGAAAAAUCAGGUUCGAUCAUUUAUGCAACAAGGUAUCCCCGAUACACUCAUUACUGUUAGUGUCAACGGUGUUGUAGGAAAUAAUGGUUGGCAACCUUAUGAUAAGUCUCUAAGUAACUUUUUUACAUUCGAACGAGAUCCGACAUUGCAAACCGAACGGAAUCGUCAUAUCAUCGCUGCGCCAUUCUCUCCAUCGUUAGAGAUCACAUCUCGUCAAUUUGCUGUUUCACACGAUGCAAAGUUCGUUUUCAGUGGUGGCCAUUGGGAUUGGUCAUUGCGUGUGUAUUCGCUACUGAAAUCAAAGAUUAUCGCAUCUUUUAUCCAUCAUACCGACAUCAUAACAUGUUUAACUCUCGAUUCGACUGGCUAUAUUCUCGUUACGGGUUCGCGAGACACAACAUGUGUGAUAUGGAAUUUAUCGUUAGUAGAUAAUCGAAAUUUGAGCAAUACGGCAGCUGAACCAGAAUCCAACGCACUUCUUUCGCCAGCUGUUACACUUUACGGACAUACUUUGGAAGUGACAUGUGUUUGUGUAUCUACUGAACUUGAUCUUGUUGUUUCGGGUUCAUUGGAUGGCACGUGCAAUAUUCAUACAGUUGAACAUGGAAUUCAUGUUCGAACGUUACGACCAUUGAUGGAUCCAAUUGUCAAUGUACAGUUGUCGACUGAAAGACAUAUUCUUAUUCAAACGGAAAAAGAGGAAACAAAUUUAUUUUUAUAUUCGAUCAAUGGAGGUCUUAUUCAAACGCGAAAACUAGAAUACAAUGUUGUAGACAUGAUUCUGAGCGACAAGCAUAUUGUUCUUGCUGUCAAUCAUAUUCCAUCAGCACAACAAGUCAAAGGCCAAGUAGCAGCACGAAUUGUCAUUAAAGACAUGUUCGAUAUGAAAACCAUUCAAACGAUACGUCUACGUGCACAAAUCAAUUGUAUCUAUUUUACGAAGGAUUUUAGUCAUUUGCUCGUUGGUGUUAAAGAUGGUAAAUUGAUUGUGUUGACUGCGGAAAAAAAGACAUUAGCAAAAAGUAUUACGAAGACGAAAUGA